AGUACCUGGCACCGUGGGGAAAUAUCUGGCACUGGGGACAUAUGUGGCACUGGGAGCACAGCCCUAGCAACAAGGACUACCUCCUAGCAACGAGCAUGACACCCAGUGCAUGAAACACCUGACAACGAGCAUGACACCCAGUGCAUGAAACACCUGGCAACGAGCAUGACACCCAGUGCAUGAAACCCCUGACAACGAGAAGGUGACUGCUGAUAAAUACUAUGACGCUUGUGUAACGGAUACAUGUGCAUGUGACCAUGGAGGGGACUGUGAAUGUCUUUGCGAUGCUAUACAUGCCUAUGCUUCAGAGUGCCUUUCUGCUGGAGUCUGUAUUGACUGGAGAAAACCGGAUCUUUGCCCUGUUUAUUGUGACUAUAAAAACACGCAUAUUAGCACGGAGAACGGCACCGAAAUGAGUCAUGAUGUGAACUGCACGUGGCACUACCAGCCUUGCCAGUGUCCAUUCACCCCCCAUGACUAUCCAUAUGAAAACAAUGAAGGUUGUUACAAAUGUGGCCCUGAAAAGUACUUUGAUCCAGUUAAAAAGACUUGCGUACCAUGUGUUGAAUUGUCAACUACAACACCACUGCCAACUUCAACACAACUGCCAUCUUCAACACCAUUGCCAUCUUCAACACCAGUGCCAUCUUCAACAACACUGCCAACUUCAACGCCACUGCCAACUUCAACGCCAGGGCCAACUUCAACGCCAGGGCCAACUUCAACGCCACUGCCAACUUCAACGCCAGGGCCAACUUCAACAUCAGUCCCAACUUCAACGCCAGGGCCAACUUCAACAUCAGUCCCAACUUCAACGCCAGUGCCAACUUCAACAUCAGUCCCAACUUCAACGCCAGGGCCAACUUCAACAUCAGUCCCAACUUCAACGCCAGGGCCAACUUCAACAUCAGUCUCAACUUCAACGCCAGUGCUAUCUUCAACACCAGUGCCAACUUCUACGCCAGAGACAAGUACAAGUAGAGUUUCGUCUACCCCACAGACAUUCUCAACAACAAGAGAGUCAACAGUUACUACAGUAGUUUCCAGUACUUCCUCUAAAAGGACAACUACACACGAAAUCCCUCCAGUUAUAACAUCUCACUCUACAACUGUAACUUCCAGCACAACUCCACACCCGCCCUCCACAUCAUCCACUACGCCCGUAACCACCCCUUCUACAACUGUGACUCCCAGCACAACUCCACACCCGCCCUCCACAUCAUCCACUACCACUUCUACUACGCCCGUACCCACCCCUUCUACGACUGUGACUCCCAGCACAACUCCACACCCACCCUCCACGUCAUCCACCACGACUUCUACCACUCCGGCCACCACACCCUCUACAACUAUCGCUCCCAGCACAACUCCUCACCCGCCUUCCACAUCAUCCACUACCACUACUACUACUCCCGUACCCACCCCAUCUACAACUGUGACUCCCACCACAACUCCACACCCGCCCUCCACAUCAUCCACCAUGACCUCUACCACUACAGUCACCACACCUUCUACAACCGUCACUCCCAGCACAACUCCACACCCGCCCUCCAUGUCAUCCACCACAACUUCUACCACUCCCGCCACUACACCCUCUACAACUAUCACUCCCAGCACAACUCCACACCUGCCUUCCACAUCAUCCACUACCACUGCUACUACUCCCGUACCGACCCCAUCUACAACAAUGACUCCCAGCACAACUCCACACCCGCCCCCCACAUCAUCCACCACAACAUCUACCACUCCAAUCACCACACACUCUACAACCGUCACUCCCAGCACAACUCCACACCUGCCUUCCACAUCAUCCACUACUCCCGUACCCACCCCAUCUACAACUGUGACUCCCAGCACAACUCUACACCCACCCUCCACAUCAUCCACCACGACAUCUACCACUCCAGCCACAACACCCUCAACAACCAUCACUCCCAGCACAAUUCCACACCCGACCUCCACAUCAUCCACCACAACUUCUACCACUCCCGUAACCACACCCUCUACAACUGUCACUCCCAGCACAACUCCACACCCGACCUCCACAUCAUCCACCACGAUUCCACCCACUCCCUUAACCACACCCUCAACAACCAUCACUCCCAGCACAACUCCACACCCGACCUCCACAUCAUCCACUACAACAUCUACCACUCCCGUCACCACGCCCUCUACAACAGUCACUCCCGGCACAACUCCACACCCGCCCUCCACAUCAUCCACCACGACUUCUACCACUCCCUUAACCACACCUUCAACAACCAUCACUCCCAGCACGACUCCACACCCGACCUCCACAUCAUCCACUACAACAUCUACCACUCCCAUCACCACACCCUCUACAACCGUCACUCCCAGCACAACUCCACACCCGCCCUCCACAUCAUCCACCACGACUUCUACCACUCCCGUCACCACUCCAUCUACAACCGUUACUCCCAGCACAACUCCACACCCGCCCUCCACAUUAUCCACCACAACUUCUAAAACUUCCGUAACCACACCUUCAACAACCAUCACUCCUAGCACAACUCCACACCCGACCUCCACAUCAUCCACAACGACUUCUACCACUACGGUCACCACACCCUCCACAACCGUUACUCCCAGCACAACUCCACACCCAACCUCCACGUCAUCCACUACAACAUCUACCACUACAGUCACCACACCCUCGACAACCGUCACUCCCAGCACAACUCCACACCCACCCUCCACCACGACUUCUACCACUCCCAUCACCACACCCUCUACAACCGUCACUCCCAGCACAACUCCACACCCGACCGCCACAUCAUCCACCACGACUUCUACCACUCCGGUCACCACUCCCUCUACAACCGUCACUCCCAGCACAACUCCACAUCCGCCCUCCACAUCAUCCUUCACAACUUCUACCACUCCCUUAACCACACCCUCCACAACCAUCACUCCCAGCACAACUCCACAUCCGACCUCCGCAUCAUCCACUACAACAUCUACCACUCCCGUUACUAAACCCUCUACAACCGUCACUCCCAGCACAACUCCACACCCGACCUCCACAUCAUCCACCACGACUUCUACCACUCCGGUCACCACACCCUCUACAACAGACACCCCCAGCACAACUCCACACCCGACCUCCACCACAACUUCUACCACUCCCGUCACCACACCCUCUACAACAGUCACUCCCAGCACAACUCCACACCCAACCUCAACAUCAUCCACCACGACUUCUACCACUCCCGUCACCACACCCUCGACAACCGUCACUCCCAGCACAACUCCACACCCGACCUCCACAUCAUCCACCACGACUUCUACCACUCCCGCCACCACAUCCUCUACAACCAUCUCUCCCAGCACAACUCCACACCCGCCCUCCACUUCAUUCACCACAACUUCUACCACUUCCGUAACCACACCCUCGACAACAGUCACUCCCAGCACAACUACACACCUGCCCUCCACUUCAUCCACGAGUUCUACCACUACGGUCACCACACCCUCUACAACCGUCACUCCCAGCACAACUCCACACCCGACCUCUACGACUUCUACCACUACGUUCACCACACCCUCUACAACCGUCACUCCCACCACAUCUCCACACCCAACCUCCACGUCAUCCACUACAACAUCUACCACUCCCGUCACCACACCCUCUACAACCGUCACUCCCAGCACAACUCCACACCUGACCUCCACAUCAUCCACCACGACUUCUACCACUCCCGUCACCACACCAUCUACAACCAUCACUCCCAGCACAACUCCACACCAAACCUCCACGUCAUCCACUACGACUUCUACCACUACGGUCACCACACCCUCUACAACCGUCACUACCAGCACAACUCCACACCCAACCUCCACGUUAUCCACUACAACAUCUACCACUCCCGUCACCACACCCUCUACAACCGUCACUCCCAGCACAACUCCACACCUGACCUCCACAUCAUCCACUUUGACUUCUACCACUCCCGUCACCACACCUUCGACAAUCGUCACUCCCAGCACAACUCCACACCCGACCUCCACAUCAUCCACCACGACUUCUACCACUCCCGUCACCACACCCUCUACAACUGUCACUCCCAGCACAACUCCACACCCAACCUCCACAUCAUCCACCACAACUUCUACCACUCCCGUACCCACAACCUCUACAACCAUCACUCCCAGCACAACUCCACACCCGACCUCCACAUCAUCCAUCACAACUUCUACAACUACGGUCACCACACCCUCUACAACGCUCACUCCCAGCACAACUCCACACCCAACCUCCACAUCAUCCUCCAUGACUUCUACCACUCCAGUCACCACACCCUCGACGACCGUCACUCCCAGCACAACUCCACACCCGGACUCCACAUCAUCCACCACGACUUCUACCACACCCUCUACAACCGUCACUCCAAGCACAACUCCACACCCAACCUCCACGUCAUCCACUACAACAUCUACCACUCCCGUCACCACACCAUCUACAACCGUCACUCCCAGCACAACUCCACACCCGACCUCCACAUCAUCCACCACUCCUUUAACCACACCCUCAACAACCAUCACUCCCAGCACAACUCCACACCCGACCUCAACAUCAUCCACCACGACUUCUACCACUCCCGUCACCACACCCUCUACAACCGUCACUCCCAGCACAACUCCACACCCGACCUCCACAUCAUCCACCACUCCUUUAACCACACCCUCAACAACCAUCACUCCCAGCACAACUCCAUACCCGACCUCCACAUCAUCCACCACGACUUCUACCACUCCCGUCACCACACCCUCUACAACCGUCACUCCCAGCACAACUCCACACCCAACCUCCACGUCAUCCACUACAACAUCUACCACUCCUGUCACCACACCCUCCACAACCGUCACUCCCAGCACAACUCCACACCCGACCUCCACAUCAUCCACCACGACUUCUACAGGUACGGUCACCACACCCUCUACAACCGUCACUCCCAGCACAACUCCACACCCGACCUCCACGUCAUCCACUACAACAUCUACUACUCUAGUCACCACACCCUCUACAACCGUCACUCCCAGCACAACUCUACACCAGACCUCUACAUCAUCCACCACGACUUCUACCACUCCCGUCACCACACCCUCUACAACCAUCACUCCCAGCACAACUCCACACCACACCUCCACGUCAUCCACUACGACUUCUACCACUACGGUAACCACACCCUCUACAACUGUCACUCCCAGCACAACUCCACACCCGACCUCCACAUCAUCCACCACGACUUCUACCACUCCCGUCACCACACCCUCGACAACCGUCACUCCCAGCACAACUCCACACCCGACCUCCACAUCAUCCACCACGACUUCUACCACUCCCGUCACCACACCCUCUACAACAGUCACUCCCAGCACAACUCCACACCCGACCUCCACGUCAUCCACGUCAUCCACUACAACAUCUACCACUCCCGUCACCACACCCUCUACAACCGUCACUCCCAGUACAACUCCACACCCGACCUCCACAUCACCCACCACGACUUCUACCACUCCAGUCACCACUCCCUCUACAACAGUUACUCCCAGCACAACUCCACCCCUGACCUCCACAUCAUCCACCACAGCUUCUUCCACUCCCGUCACCACACCCUCGACAACCGUCACUUCCAGCACAACUCCACACCCGACCUCCACAUCAUCCACCACGACUUCUACCACGACUUCUACCACUCCCGUCACCACACCCUCUACAAUAGUCACUCCCAGCACAACUCCACACCCGACCUCCACGUCAUCCACUACAACAUCUACCACUCCCGUCACCACACCCUCUACAACCGUCACUCCCAGUACAACUCCACACCCGACCUCCACAUCACCCACCACGACUUCUACCACUCCAGUCACCACUCCCUCUACAACAGUUACUCCCAGCACAACUCCACCCCUGACCUCCACAUCAUCCACCACGACUUCUUCCACUCCCGUCACCACACCCUCGACAACCGUCACUUCCAGCACAACUCCACACCCGACCUCCACAUCAUCCACCACGACUUCUACCACUCACAUCACCACACCUUCUACAACAGUCACUCCCAGCACAACUCCACACCCAACCUCCAAGUCAUCCACUACAACAUCUACCACUCCCGUCACCAUACCCUCUUCAACCGUCACUACCAGCACAACUCCACACCCAACUUCCACAUCAUCCACCACGACUUCUACCACUACAGUCACCACACCCUCUACAACCGUCACUCCCAGCACAACUCCACACCCGACCUCCACAUCAUCCACCACGACUACUACCACGACUUCUACCACUCCCGUCACCACACCCUCUACAACAGUCACUCCCAGCACAACUCCACACCCGACAUCCACGUCAUCCACUACAUCUACCACUCCCGUCACCACACCCUCUACAACCGUCAUUCCUAGUACAACUCCACACCCGACCUCCACAUCACCCACCACGACUUCUACCACUCCAGUCACCACUCCCUCUACAACAGUUACUCCCAGCACAACUCCACCCCUGACCUCCACAUCAUCCACAACAGCUUCUUCCACUCCCGUCACCACACCCUCGACAACCGUCACUUCCAGCACAACUCCACACCCGACCUCCACAUCAUCCACCACGACUUCUACCACUCCCGUCACCACACCCUCUACAAUAGUCACUCCCAGCACAACUCCACACCCGACCUCCACGUCAUCCACUACAACAUCUACCACUCCCGUCACCACACCCUCUACAACCGUCACUCCCAGUACAACUCCACACCCGACCUCCACAUCACCCACCACGACUUCUACCACUCACAUCACCACACCUUCUACAACAGUCACUCCCAGCACAACUCCACACCCAACCUCCACGUCAUCCACUACAACAUCUACCACUCCCGUCACCAUACCCUCUUCAACCGUCACUACCAGCACAACUCCACACCCAACUUCCACAUCAUCCACCACGACUUCUACCACUACAGUCACCACACCCUCUACAACUGACACUCCCAGCACAACUCCACACCCGACCUCUACAUCAUCCCCUACAACAUCUACCACUCCAGUCACCACACCCUCCACAACAGUCACUCCCAUCACAACUCCACACCCAACCUCCACAUCAUCCACCACGACUUCUACCACUCCCGUCACCACACCCUCUACAACCGUCACUCCCAGCACAACUCCACACCCAACCUCUACGUCAUCCACUACAUCAUCUACCACUCCCCUAACCACAGCCACUACAACCGUCACUCCCAGUACAACUCCACACCCGACUUCCACAUCAUCCACCACGACUUCUACCACUCCCGUCACCACACCCUCUACAACCGUCACUCCCAGCACAACUCCACACCCAACCUCCACGUCAUCCACCACGACUUCUACCACUAUGGUCACCACACCAUCUACAACUGUCACUCCCAGCACAACUCCACACCCGACCUCCACAUCAUCCACCACGACUUCUACCACUCCCGUCACCACAACCUCGACAACCGUCACUUCCAGCACAACUCCACACCCGACCUCCACAUCAUCCACCACGACUUCUACCACGACUUCUACCACUCCCGUCACCACACCCUCUACAACAGUCACUCCCAGCACAACUCCACACCCGACCUCCACGUCAUCCACUACAACAUCUACCACUCCCAUCACCACACCCUCUACAACCGUCACUCCCAGUACAACUCCACACCCGACCUCCACAUCACCCACCACGACUUCUACCACUCCAGUCACCACUCCCUCUACAACAGUUACUCCCAGCACAACUCCACCCCUGACCUCCACAUCAUCCACCACGACUUCUUCCACUCCCGUCACCACACCCUCGACUACCGUCACUUCCAGCACAACUCCACACCCGACCUCCACAUCAUCCACCACGACUUCUACCACUCACAUCACCACACCUUCUACAACAGUCACUCCCAGCACAACUCCACACCCAACCUCCACGUCAUCCACUACAACAUCUACCACUCCCGUCACCAUACCCUCUUCAACCGUCACUACCAGCACAACUCCACACCCAACUUCCACAUCAUCCACCACAACUUCUACCACUACAGUCACCACACCCUCUACAACCGUCACUCCCAGCACAACUCCACACCCGACCUCCACAUCAUCCACCACGACUACUACCACGACUUCUACCACUCCCGUCACCACACCCUCUACAACAGUCACUCCCAGCACAACUCCACACCCGACCUCCACGUCAUCCACUACAUCUACCACUCCCGUCACCACACCCUCUACAACCGUCACUCCUAGUACAACUCCACACCCGACCUACACAUCACCCUCCACGACUUCUACCUCUCCAGUCACCACUCCCUCUACAACAGUUACUCCCAACACAACUCCAACCCCGACCUCCACAUCAUCCACCACGACUUCUUCCACUCCCAUCACCACACCCUCGACAACCGUCACUUCCAGCAUAACUCCACACCUGACUUCCACAUCAUCCUCCACGACUUCUACCACUCACAUCACCACACCUUCUACAACAGUCACUCCCAGCACAACUCCACACCCAACCUCCACGUCAUCCACUACAACAUCUACCACUCCCGUCACUAUACCCUCUUCAACCGUCACUACCAGCACAACUCCACACCCAACUUCCACAUCAUCCACCACGACUUCUACCACUACAGUCACCACACCCUCUACAACUGACACUCCCAGCACAACUCCGCACCCAACCUCCACUACAACAUCUACUACUCCCGUCACCACACCCUCUACAACAGUCACUCCCAUCACAACUCCACACCCAACCUCCACAUCAUCCACCACGACUUCUACCACUCCCGUCACCACACCCUCUACAACCGUCACUCCCAGCACAACUCCACACCCAACCUCUACGUCAUCCACUACAUCAUCUACCACUCCCCUAACCACAGCCACUACAACCGUCACUCCCAGUACAACUCCACACCCGACUUCCACAUCAUCCACCACGACUUCUACUACUACAGUCACCACACCCUCUACAACCGUCACUCCCAGCACAACUCCACACCCAACCUCCACGACUUCUACCACUAUGGUCACCACACCCUCUACAACUGUCACUCCCAGCACAACUCCACACCCAACCUCCACGUCAUCCACUACAACAUCUACCACUCCCGUCACCAUACCCUCUACAACCGUCACUCCCAGUACAACUCCACACCCGACCUCCACAUCAUCCACCACGACUUCUACCACUCCAGUCACCCAUCCCUCUACAACAGUUACUCCCAGCACAACUCCACACCCGCCCUCCACAUCAUCCACCACGACUUCUACCACUCCCGUCACGACACCCUCUACAACAGUCACUCCCAGCACAACUCCACACCCAACCUCCACGUCAUCCACUGCAACAUCUACCACUCCCGUCACCAUACCCUCUUCAACCGUAACUCCCAGCACAACUCCACACCCAACUUACACAUCAUCCACCACGACUUCUACCACUACAGUCACCACACCCUCUACAACUGUCACUCCCAGCACAACUCCACACCCAACCUCCACGUCAUCCACUACAACAUCUACCACUCCCGUCACCACACCCUCUACAACAGUUACUCCCAGCACAACUCCACACCUGCCCUCCACAUCAUCCACCACGACUUCUACCACUCCCGUCACCACACCCUCUACAAAUAUCACUCCCAGCACAACUCCACACCCAACCUCCACGACUUCUACCACUCCUGUCACCACACCCUCUACAACCGUCACUCCCAGCACAACUCCACACCCAACCUCCACGUCUUCCACUACAACAUCUACCACUCCCGAAACCACACCCUCUACAACAGUCACUCCCAGUACAACUCCACACCCAACUUCCACAUCAUCCACCACAACUUCUACCACUACAGUCACCACACCCUCUACAACCGUCACUCCCAGCACAACUCCACACCCAACCUCCACGUCAUCCACUACAACAUCUACCACUCCCGUCACCACACCCUCUACAACCGUCACUCCCAGCACAACUCCACACCCAACCUCCACGUCAUCCACCACGACUUCUACCACUAUGGUCACCACACCCUCUACAACUGUCACUCCCAGCACAACUCCACACCCAACCUCCACGUCAUCCACUACAACAUCUACCACUCCCGUCACCACACCCUCUACAACCGUCACUCCCAGUACAACUCCACACCCGACCUCCACAUCAUCCACCACGACUUCUACCACUCCCUCUACAACAGUUAUUUCCAGCACAACUCCACACCCGCCCUCCACAUCAUCAACCACGACUUCUACCACUCCCGUCACCACACCCUCGACAACCGUCACUUCCAGCACAACUCCACACCCGACCUCCACAUCAUCCACCACGACUUCUACCACUCACAUCACCACACCUUCUACAACAGUCACUCCCAGCACAACUCCACACCCAACCUCCACGUCAUCCACUACAACAUCUACCACUCCCGUCACCAUACCCUCUUCAACCGUCACUACCAGCACAACUCCACACCCAACUUCCACAUCAUCCACCACGACUUCUACCACUACAGUCACCACACCCUCUACAACCGUCACUCCCAGCACAACUCCACACCCGACCUCCACAUCAUCCACCACGACUACUACCACGACUUCUACCACUCCCGUCACCACACCCUCUACAACUGUCACUCCCAGCACAACUCCACACCCGACCUCUACAUCACCCACCACGACUUCUACCACUCCAGUCACCACUCCCUCUACAACAGUCACUCCCAGCACAACUCCACACCUGACCUCCACGUCAUCCACUACAUCUACCACUCCCGUCACCACACCCUCUACAACCAUCACUCCCAGCACAACUCCACACCCGACCUCCACAUCAUCUACCACUCCCGUCACCACACCCUCGACAACCAUCACUCCCAGCACAACUCCACACCCGACCUCCACAUCAUCUACCACUCCCGUCACCACACCCUCGACAACCAUCACUCCGAGCACAACUCCACACCCGACCUCUACAUCAUCCACUACAACAUCUACCACUCCCGUCACCACACCCUCUACAACCGUCACUCCCAGCACAACUCCACACCCAACCUCCACGUCAUCCACUACAACAUCUACCACUCCCAUCACCACACCCUCUACAACAGUCACUCCCAGUACAACUCCACACCCAACUUCCACAUCAUCCACCACGACUUCUACCCCUACAGUCACCACACCCUCUACAACCGUCACUCCCAGCACAACUCCACACCCAACCUCCACGUCAUCCACUACAACACCUACCACUCCCGUCACCACACCCUCUACAACCAUCACUCCCAGCACAACUCCACACCCGACCUCCACAUCAUCUACCACUCCCGUCACCACACCCUCGACAACCAUCACUCCGAGCACAACUCCACACCCGACCUCUACAUCAUCCACUACAACAUCUACCACUCCCGUCACCACACCCUCUACAACCGUCACUCCCAGUACAACUCCACACCCAACUUCCACAUCAUCCACCACGACUUCUACCACUACAGUCACCACACCCUCUACAACCGUCACUCCCAGCACAACUCCACACCCAACCUCCACGUCAUCCACUGCAACACCUACCACUCCCGUCACCACACCCUUUACAACCGUCACUCCCAGUACAACUGCACACCCGACCUCCACAUCAUCCACCACGACUUCUACCACUCCAGUCACCACUCCCUCUACAACCAUCACUCCCAGCACAACUCCACACCCAACCUCCACGUCAUCCACCACGACUUCUACCACUAUGGUCACCACACCCUCUACAACCGUCACUCCCAGCACAACUCCACUCCCAACCUCCACGUCAUCCACCACGACUUCUACCACUCCUGUCACCACACCCUCGACAAUCGUCACUCCCAGCACAACUCCACACCCGAACUCCACUUCAUCCACCACAACUUCUACCACUAUAGUCACCACACCCUCUACAACAGUCACUUCCAGCACAACUCCACACCCGACCUCCACAUCAUCCACCACAACUUCUACCACUCCCGUAACCACACCCUCUUCAACCAUCACUCCCAGCACAACUCCACACCCGACCUCCACAUCAUCCACCACUCCUUUAACCACACCCUCAACAACCAUCACUCCCAGCACAACUCCACACCCGACCUCCACAUCAUCCACCACGACUUCAACAGGUACGGUCAUUACACCCUCUACAACUCUCACUCCCAGCACAACUCCACACCAAACCUCCACAUUAUCCACCACGACUUCUGCCACUCCCGUCACCACACCCUCUACAACCGUCACCCCCAGCACAACUCCACACCCGACCUCUACAUCAUCCACCACGACUUCUACCACUACGGUCACCACACCCUCUACAACAGUAGCUCCUAACACAACUCCACACCCUACCUCCACAUCAUCCACCACGACUUUGAUAACUUCAGUAACCACACCCUCUACAACAAACACUCCCAGCACAACUCCACACCUGCCCUCCACAUCCACCACGACUUCUACCACUCCCGCAACCACACCCUCGACAACCUCCACUCCCAGCACAACAUCACACUCGCCCUCCACAUCAUCCACCACGACUUCUACCACUCCCGUCACCACACCCUCUACAACCGUCACUCCCAGCACAACUCCACACCCGACCUCCACAUCAUCCACCACAGUUACCACUCCCGUCACCACACCCUCUACAACCGUCACUCCCAGCACAACUAUGACCAUCACCAUCCACUCAUCACCAAUUUCAAAAACUAGUCCUAAUAUAGAAACACCUAUUAUUAUAACUCCACCAUCAUUAACCACUCAAACUGCUGCUCGUCAGGAAUUCACUUCUUCAGUCGCUUUUUCAAGCGAAGUAACUUCUCAUUCAACUUCAUCUACACCAGCAUCCACUGUACGAAGCAGUCCUACUAUAACAACGCCAGCAACUACAACACCCAUUAUAACCACAACACCAUUAACUACAAGUCCCAUCACAACUCCAUCAACAACAAGCAUCCCUCCUACCUCCACUACUUCUAGCAGCACAACCCCCUUAACUACCACACCAAUUCCUCCUACAACACCCACACCAACAUUAACAAGCAUUCCUGUUACCUCCAGCAGUACUAGCAGCACAACCCCCUUAACUACCACACCAAUUCCUCCUACAACACCCACACCAACAUUAACAAGCAUUCCUGUUACCUCCAGCAGUACUAGCAGCACAACCCCCUUAACUACCACACCAAUUCCUCCUACAACACCCACACCAACAAUAACAAGCAUUCCUGUUACCUCCAGCAGUACUAGCAGCACAACCCCCUUAACUACCACACCAAUUCCUCCUACAACACCCACACCAACAAUAACAAGCAUUCCUGUUACCUCCAGCAGUACUAGCAGCACAACCCCCUUAACUACCACACCAAUUCCUCCUACAACACCCACACCAACAAUAACAAGCAUACAUGUUACCUCCAGCAGUACUAGCAGCACAACCCCCUUAACUACCACACCAAUUCCUCCUACAACACCCACACCAACAUUAACAAGCAUUCCUGUUACCUCCAGCAGUACUAGCAGCACAACCCCCUUUACUACCACACCAAUUCCUCCUACAACACCCACACCAACAAUAACAAGCAUUCCUGUUACCUCCAGCACUACUAGCAGCACAACCCCCUUAACUACCACACCAAUUCCUCCUACAACACCCACACCAACAAUAACAAGCAUACAUGUUACCUCCAGCAGUACUAGCAGCACAACCCCCUUAACUACCACACCAAUUCCUCCUACAACACCCACACCAACAUUAACAAGCAUUCCGGUUACCUCCAGCAGUACUAGCAGCACAACCCCCUUUACUACCACACCAAUUCCUCCUACAACACCCACACCAACAUUAACAAGCAUUCCGGUUACCUCCAGCAGUACUAGCAGCACAACCCCCUUUACUACCACACCAAUUCCUCCUACAACACCCACACCAACAUUAACAAGCAUUCCUGUUACCUCCAGCAGUACUAGCAGCACAACCCCCUUUACUACCACACCAAUUCCUCCUACAACACCCACACCAACAAUAACAAGCAUUCCUGUUACCUCCAGCACUACUAGCAGCACAACCCCCUUAACUACCACACCAAUUCCUCCUACAACACCCACACCAACAAUAACAAGCAUACAUGUUACCUCCAGCAGUACUAGCAGCACAACCCCCUUAACUACCACACCAAUUCCUCCUACAACACCCACACCAACAUUAACAAGCAUUCCGGUUACCUCCAGCAGUACUAGCAGCACAACCCCCUUUACUACCACACCAAUUCCUCCUACAACACCCACACCAACAAUAACAAGCAUUCCUGUUACCUCCAGCACUACUAGCAGCACAACCCCCUUAACUACCACACCAAUUCCUCCUACAACACCCACACCAACAAUAACAAGCAUACAUGUUACCUCCAGCACUACUAGCAGCACAACCCCUUUUACCACCAUACCGAUUUCUUUUACUUCAACAAUCACAACAAAACCUCUCUCUGUAACCGCACCAAUUACACCUACAACUAGUAACACUACAACACCAUUAACCACAAACACACCACUAGCCACAUCUACUUUAAUAAUUUCAACACCAAUUUCAAUCCCAGUUACAACAACCAUCAACAACGUCACAGCUUUCGAUUCGAAUUCCACAUCCAAACCACCAUCCAAAUGCAGCGUUGAUCAUUACAAGCACAACAUUACCAAGGAUAACUGCACUGUUGAAGUGCCAUUGACUAGGUGCCGUGGAUUCUGUGAGUCCGAAGCAUGGUUUCAAGAUGAGUUUGAAGUGCCUGAGAGCAGGUGCAGUUGCUGCAUGCCAGAGUCCAUAAAACAUAAGACAGUAGAGCUGCAAUGUCCUGGAUCAGACCAUCCGAUAACUAUUCACAUCAAGUUCUUUCACACAUGUAUAUGUAAUUACCAUGACUGUCCAGCAUAUCCUGUCACAAUAUCAGGAUAACAAGAGUCUCACCCGAUCUGCUAAUUACGGUUCGGACAUCUGUCAGUGCCAUUCUGCUCUUCACGUGGCAGUGUAUUGGCAUAACACAAUUAAUUUAGUAAAUGUUACUUUAAGAAAAAUUUACAUAGUUUGAAUCUCAUUUAUACAACUUUAUAUCCUGCCUGCACAAUACUAUGGAAAAAAAAUACUUUUACAAUCCAUUAAAUUACUUAAUGGGACAUUUUUGCCCCAAAAAUAUUUCCUCCACCAAGGAAAUUUGAACAAAAUCCCAUAUUUCAGAUUGCUUUCAACCAUCUGUUGCAAAAUAAAUGUAAGAGAACCAUUAAUUCUGCACCAUUAAAACUGUAUU